AUGUUGGAUCCUAAAGAUUUCGAGGUUGCUUCUCCACCACCUGAUGGCAUUUCUGCUUUGGAUUUCUCUACACAAGCAGACUUUUUAGCAGUCUCUUCAUGGGAUAAUCAAGUUCGUAUAUAUGAAGUUCAACCUUCCGGUGCUACUGUGCCAAAGACAGCGUAUUCUCAUGAAGCACCCGCUUUGUGUGUCAGUUGGAGCAAUGACGGUACAAAGGUCGUUUCUGGUGGUGCAGAUAAAGCGGGUAGAAUGCUCGAUGUGUCUACAGGCCAAUCAACUCAAAUUGCUCAACAUGACGACACUAUCAAAUGCAUUAAAUUCUUGGAUCAGGGUAACAUUGUUGCCACUGGUAGUUGGGAUAAAACUGUCAGAUAUUGGGAUACUCGCUCACCUCAACCUGUCGGCACUGUACAACUUCCCGAACGCUGCUAUGCCAUGGACGCAAAAGGACCUUUGAUGACGGUUGGAACUGCCGAAAAACACAUUUGUAUCUUUGAUUUGAAUAACCCCACUGUCAUUUUCAAGAACUUGACAUCACCUUUGAAAUGGCAGACUCGUGUCGUAUCAUGUUUCUCUGACAGUAAGGGUUUUGCUGUUGGUUCAAUUGAAGGAAGAGUUGGUAUUCAAUACGUCGAAGAUAAGGAUUCAUCCAAAAAUUUCUCAUUCAAAUGUCAUCGUGAUGAUGCCAAAAACGUAUACGCCGUCAACGAUAUCAGCUUCCACCCUAUUCACGGCACCUUUUCGACAGCUGGUGCUGAUGGUACAGUCAGUUACUGGGACAAGGAUUCUAAGCAACGUUUGAAGCCUUUCCCCAAGACAAAUGGACAAAUCGUGAGCACAGCAUUCAAUAGAAAUGGUAGCAUCUUUGCUUAUGCAGUUAGUUAUGAUUGGUCAAAGGGCUACAAACAAUCAUCACCAUCCAAUGUCAACAAGAUUUACUUGCAUGCUGUUAGGGACGAAGAAAUCAAGCCUCGUACUCCCAAGAAGCGUUAA